ACUAAAUUAGUUCGAGAUUAUCUUUGCGGAUGUACUGAUAAAGGACUUGAUAAUAUGUUCGUUGUGCAAUUGUCUUCUGACACUCAAGUAGGAGAUAUUAUAGGGCAAAUUCAUCCUUUCCGAUUUCAUGCUGCCCUGGGAGAGCUGAUUAAGAUUGCCAAGCAACUAUUUGAACGUCUUCGACUGCAUGACGUAAACAGCAGUGCACUGGAGGAAGCGGGCGAACUGCUGGACUCGUGCAGAGAAAAGUGGAGAAAUCGUGCAAAUGUUGUUGUUGAAAGUGCUUCCGCUGCGAUCGACCCUAUCCAAAUGUUAGAUGAAGAAGAAAUACACGUUAGCGAGCACAGGGAAGCGAUUACAUCGCAGCUUGUGAGGUCCCGUUCUGAAGAUCAUAGUUGUGUAAUAGAGUCAGAAGCAGAAAGCGUGGAAGAUGAUCUAAAUGACGAUAUUCGGGGGUACUUUGGCGAGUGUGUCGAAGAGACGGCCAUCGAAGAUUCGUAUCAGAUGGACGACAAUGAAGUAUUACUCACACCAGUCGACGAGAAACCUGUUGGUAGUGUUGCGGAUGAAACAGCCUUUGAAGGAAGCGAAAACGGUCAAUAUUUCUUACAUACUGGUUUAGCAACAAACAAUUACGCGAAGACAUCGAGAAUAGAGAAAGAACAGGUGUCUAUUCCAGUUUCGAGUAGUAAUGUUACUGAGGAUGAGUAUGUUGACGACGAUACGGACGACUAUGCACCUAUCGAGUAUUUUCCCGAUGAUACCACAAACUAUGUAAACUAUGAAGGAGAAAUUGCCAAGUCGGCUCCUCAAAUUUCAAGAGAUUUUGCUAGUGAUGAUGAUGUUGACGACACGGAUGACUAUGCAUCUUUUGAGUAUUUUCCUGAUGCUGGCACAGACUCUGUAGAUGAGACACGUUAUCUACAAGAAGAAACUGCUAAGAAGUUUGAAUUUCAAGACGAUUUUGAUAAUGUUCUUUGUAGGUUGGAAAGUCUUACAGCUGCACUAAGCGAUGAAACUGUGUCCUUCUUACUUAGGAAAUAUACGACUACGUUGGGCCAUCUCAAGAAAGCUUCAACUAAUAUCAACAGGCCAGUUUUUCUGUUUCGAGAUGGCUCAGUCACUCGCGCUGUCAAGGAAGGAAAGUCCAUAAUUUUUGAAGACAUUAACUUGCCAUCGCAGGCUGUCGUUGAAAGACUGAACUCGCUGUUUGAAUCCGGUAGAAUUUUAUAUGUCAGUGAAGAUGUAUCUGCAUUGAAUGACCCCUCGUCUACUGACACAUCACAUCACCGCGGCAAUAAUGGUAUUCAAAUGGUAGAUGACGCUCAAAUAUUGGCUACAGUACACGUUGACAACUUGUCUGAAAACGUAAACCUAAGCCCUGCUUUGCGUUCUCGGUUCUCAGAGAUUCUAGUUCCUCAACUGUCUUUGGAUGAUAUCGGAAUGGUCUGUGAAAAUCGCUGUCUGAACACAACUGGUCUGAAGACAUACGCAGGAAAGGUACGGACUGCAAUGUUAUCAGUGCAAGAGAAACUCUUCAAUGGAGGACUUGGUUACUUCACGUUAAAGGAAGCCAUGACAUGGAUAACCGUGAUGGAUGGAUUAGAUGUUUCUCUUAGAAGAGCAGGGGCUGCGGUUAGCUGGAUGGAUCUCUUUCUUGUUGCAGGACGAUUGGUUUUGCUGGACUCGGUUCCUCCUGAGAGAAAGGAUGUUGUUCGUGCUGCAUUAUUAGGCAUUUUGGAACUCUUUGUUAAAGAUUUUGAAGAGAUCAAAAAGGCAGCAGUAUCGAAAGAAGUACGAAAUUGGAUUGAGAAUAUUGGUGGAUUUGCUAGUGAUGACAUAACGGAUAUGAUAACAGUUGCGAAUGGAUACAUUAAAGUGAAGCAGUUACCUAUUGCGGCUGCUGCAAGCCAAACGGUGUUAGGUCAACUGAACGACGAAUUUUUACAAGAAAGGUUUCAGUUUACAACUACAAAAACAAGUAUGGACAACGUCAUUAGGAUUUUGGCUUCGUUAGCAUCCGACUCCGCUCUUCUUCUUGAGGGUCCUCCAGGAAUAGGAAAAACGUCUAUUGUGGAGCAGACCGCUAGAUUGCUUGGAUUCGAAGUCGAGAGAAUUAGUUUUACAAAAGACACGUCCGCUGAUGUUUUGAUUGGAUCGUACAUUCCAAGGGCAGAAAAAAGUACUGGUGAAAUGGUGUUUACUUGGCAAGGCGGACGAGUAUUGGAAGCGUACACUGGCGGUCGUUUCUUGCUGCUUGAUGAAAUCAAUCUAGCUUCACAGGAAGUUCUUGAUGAGCUAAAGACAAUUAUAGAUUCAACAGUUUCUCAAUAUACUGUGAGAGGACUCGAUCAAACAGUAGACCGUCAUCCAGAAUUUAGAGUGUUUGCUACUAUGAAUCCAACAUCAGUGGGAGGUGGCAGAGCCAAGCUACCUCAGUCGGUUGAGAGUUUGUUUGUUAAAGUACAUUUGCAAGAGUACUCACUAGAAGAAGAAGCACAUAUAUGUGUUGAUCAGUUUGAUGCGAAAGGUUUAAUAGGUGAUGAUGGACUUAACAAAGAAGAUUUACGCAAUCUGGUACAGCUGCAUCGCGAUGUCAAAGAGAUGGUUGAUCGCAAAGAAAUUGGAAAACAAGGCGGACCAUAUGAACUUAAUGUGCGAGACCUUCUAAAAAUGCGAGAUGUGUUGUACGGAAAUAUCUUUUCUUUGAGGUCACAUCUUGAGCUCAACGAAGACGAAAGACAGUCGAAGGCAGCAAGACAAACGUUCGUCAACGACAAUGCUCGUAUUGCAGCUUUACGAACGGCGAGUGAGUUGGUGUACAGUAAACGAUUUUCUAGUAUUGAAGAUCAAAGGAAAGUUAUAACGGCUGUUGACAAGUUAUUUCCGUCUGCGGGUAUAGCCGACCACAUUGUUCACGAUGUUACUAUAGACGUGAACUUGCCCAACAGCGUUCAGAUUGGAUUUGUGUAUUUGACGAAAGGCCACGAAGAAUCUCCGUUUACUCCACUCCUUUCGACAACAACACUGAAUCAGCAACUUCAACUUCUUGCAUCGGCUGUUGUCAGUGGGCGUGUUGUCUUUCUGCAGGGGCCAACAUGCUCACAUACGGAUACCGACCGCCUCAUUGGCCACUGGACACCUCGCCGCGUGAUCACGAGUUCUGCACUUUCGAUUGACAAGUGCCGCUCAAUAUUUUCUAAAUGUUUGAACUGUUUACUGAGUUUGGGUUUAUGGUCAACAACUGUGGAUGACGUGCGGAUAGAGUUGCUCUACGAUGUUGGUGUAGCACUGGAAGCGUUUGAACAAGGGGGCUCUGAAAAUGCUGCAGCUUUGAUAACCGCUUUCACUAGACUGUGGAACGCGUUUCAGCGUCUUGUCGACACUCGUGAGAUGAAAAACGUUGAGGCAACCUUUAGUUCGGUUAGAGAUCAGUUGAUUAGAGAGCAAGCAGUUCUAAAUGGAGCCUUGCAAGUACUGACACAAUCAAUGUCUAUUUCGACAACCAGCACGACAGGAUUCGAGUUUGUUGAAAGCACACUCGUGCAGGCUGUUCGCAAAGGCGACUGGGUAUUGCUCGACAACUUGUCUGCAGCUCCUUCUGAUGUUAUCGAACGAAUCUUAUCGUUGGCAGAAUCUCCACAGAAACUUCAUUUGUUUGAAAGUCCACAAAAUGAGAAAUUGUGUACUGGGAAUGGAAUCAGUUCAGGAUUUCGGCUAUUUGCUACUGUCAAUCCUACUCGUCACACACAAACUCAGCUGUCGUCUGCGUUUCUUAAUCGUGUUAUCAGCGUUCAUCUGCCAGAAGUUGAUUAUGAUGCACUGACCAAAUUUCAACAGUCACGAGAAGCGCCUCUAGCCGACACGGAGUUGUAUAAGAUUAUUGUCUCACAAAUGCAGAGCGUUACUGCUUGUCGGGCAUUGACGAAGACACUUGUUAAAAUGCAUUGUGAAUUGCGAGACAGGUGGUUUCGGGGUGAUUUGAAGACUGUCGGUAAUGUGCAGCUAACUUUUCGAACGGCCCUAAGAACUUCUCAGCAAAUUGUUUACAUGAAUCGUUUGGGAAUACACCCCGUGAAAGCUUUAGUGACUGCUGUUGGACAGCAUUACGUUAAAUGCUGUCGAUUAGAAGAUCAGUGGAAUGUUUUGGCGCUUCUUGGUCAAGAACUAGAGUGCAAACGUACAGGGGCAGAUUUGCAGCAUCUUCUUCAACGGAAUGACAGGUGGCUUUCUGAGUCUCAGUCAGUGAUGGAAAUGUUACUGCCAAAUAUUCAAACCACGCUUGCAAACCUCGUUGGAUUUGUUCUCGAAUGCUUAUGCUAUCAUUUGAAGGUUUUGGAAAAUGACAGAAGCGGGCAAGACUACGUUUCAUCGGCUGUACAUGCAAUCUCAAGAGCAACCGAUAACCUACUGACGCAAAUUUCUACUACCAACCAACUUAUAAAUAGUCUUACUACACUUCGUUCACGUUGUGAUUUAAUGAAGUCGAAGGGGCAAAGCUUGGCUUUUUCAAAGUUAAUAGAGGCAGUUGAGCAGUAUGUCAAGACAUACGAAGAAACGUCGUUGUCAACGUUGUCGUACACAGUAAAGGAUGCCUCAGAACUGGCGUCUGCUGCCGAGAGCGUAAGGGCAGAUCUUUAUGCCAUGGGAAUUGAGAUAGAAACUUGUAUAGUGAAAUCUUCGUUUGAAGAUGCCCUUCGUCAUCUGAACAUUACGGGUAAGGUGGUAAGUACGAUGAGAUCAGUACACGAAACCAUUGAUCAGCAUUCAUGGUUAUCAGUGUAUUCGUUGCAGUUGUGCGAGAGAAACAGAGGAAGUGCGACAGCGAUGCAAGAGGGUCUUGAGAAUGUUCGUAAUGCUAUGUCUGUGUGUUAUCAGCACGCUACUGUUGUUGACUGUGUCAAGAAACCUUUGCAACUGCUGAAUCUUGCUGUCGGCAAUCUGCAACGAGACUUUGGUAGCCAUGCUACAAAAAGCGCUACAAUACUAACAACUGUUCAUCGUAUACUUCGAGAACGGAUUGUCAUCAACUGUGAUCGAGACCGCCUACUUGAGUUUUUGAAUAAUUACAAGCUACUUCCAACGCAGAACGUUGCACGAUUGAAGUUGCUACUUUAUGCGAUAGAAAUGCUUUUCCUGUUGAGCUCGUCUGUUCCCCUUGCUCUCCGUGAAGUGAGUAAUGUGGAAUCAACUUAUUUAGUAGAGAAGCUGCAAGAGCUGUCGUUACUUGAAUGUGGUAUUGACAUUUGUAAGAGAGUUGAAAGUCUGCUGUCGGAUAGUUUGGUCCCAGUGUUGAAGAAACGGGCGUCGAUUCGUAACGCAAAGAGCAAGUUAGAAAGAGACGAGAUGUUGCGCUGUACGGACGAAGAUGUUAGUAGCAAUGAAAUUGCUGUGGAACGUGACCAGCACGACUUGGAAAAGUUGCGUCUAGUAUUUGAAGAACAGAGAAUGUCAUUUGUUGAGAGUGAAGACACUCGGUUUGUUCGAAUGUGGUACAGCGAAGCAAUCAGGAAGAUUCAUUGCCGUAUUUUUCGUUGGUUAGCUGCUGAAAAGCAAUCUAUUGAGACCGACAGCGACGAGUUUCGACGGCUUCUUCUACACCUUCAGCCGAGAGAACUAAAUCUUUCUCUUGGUCCCUUGUGGAUAGUGGUAUUUUCGGAGUUGUGUGAGUUUAUGUGGAGUUCUACUUCGUCUUGGGAUGUGUACUUGAUUUCGUCUGAAAGUGACCUAGAAAGAGAGUUGUCAAAACGAUCCCUGCCGAACGCAUUGGUGUUUGUGGCCGAGGAAGAUCUUUAUUAUCCAUUUGGCGUGGUUAUCUUAAAUACAGUCAAAAAUAUGGUUUACGUUCUUUCUUUAGAGAGGAGGAGUAAGACCAGUCGUUCUAAUACGCUUUUGGAUCGCGUGGUAGCAACAUUUGAAGAUCAUUCUCCUGGCUCAAGUACAAUGCAAGUGAUAGAUAUAAAUGUGUCCACAGAGUCUUCAGUUUCACAGCUAACCCAUCUGGCUUCCUUGCUACCUGCAAUAGCUCUCACAAAGAUUUCUUUUACUAGUCCUGAACUAGAAAUCGCUUUAAUUCAACAAGAGGUCACCAGCUUUGAAAAGAAAUUGUCAGGAUACUACCAAAGACUUUCGACUGUUUUAGAGAGAUCGACUUCCGAAGUAACUGUCCGACACUACGUAUUGCAAGUAGUCACAGUAGUUAAUGAUCUCAGCGAAGGUGUUUUUGGAAAUCUGAACACGUCGAUGACUGACACUAACAAUGACGGAGAGAAAGAUUGCAAAUCUCUAGAGUCGCGCGUUGUUCAGAUAAAGAGGAGCCUUGAACGGCAGUUGGAUGGCUUCGUAAACAGUUUCAUUCCACGAGAUGUGCAAAAGUGUUUUCAAGUCUUGACAAAAGUGGAGCUUGCUAUUUCUACCCAGCUAGCUUGUAGUUCGCGCAGUGAUAUCGAGAAUGAACGUCUGCCAAGAGAUUUGCGUUUAUUGAAAAUGCUGCAAGAUUAUGGGAAGCAAAACACAAAUUCGAAAGAGUUAACACAGUGGGGUUUAAUGUGGCACGUAGUUAGGAAGAUGUUGGCUGCAGUCGAAAUUCUUGUGGAUGACACAUUUUUGGCCACUGGCAGUCGAUCAACCAAUUGGAGAUUGUCAGAGGACUUUUAUGCAGACUUACAAUUUUGUUUGGUAUUUGGAGAUUGUAACGACGCUUUGUCAUGCAUAUGCGCAAAAUUUCAGAAUAUUCAAUCUCAUUUCUCUAAUGCCAUGAAAUCUAUUUGCGACUUUGGCGAAGAAGAUUACAGCGUAUACUCUAACAAACUAUUUCAGUCUCAUCUUCAACAAGCAGUAACUGUUGUUGAGAGCUUAGGCGAGUUUCUCUACGUCACAGGACUCGAACAAUCAAGCAAAAGGAGAGAAACUUACUUUGAGCUAACGGAAGCAGUAACAGCUUGUUGCAAUCCGAAUCUAGAAGAAAAAAUUUGUGACUCCGAAAGUGUGAAAGAGAGUUACCAGAAAAUAUUGGACAAAGCUUUGGAACAGUUUAUUCAAAAGUUAACAGAGAUGUACAACGAAGUUUGGGAAAUUGUUGAUGUUGGUAGCCCAUUAGUAUUGUCGAUGAUGCUGGAUAUCCGUAAUUCAGAAAGCAUUUUAGCAGCACUUCGUCAGGGAGAAGACAGUCCUGACAUCAAUAAUAUCGCCAGGCCAAACAUCCUUCAUUCGCGUAUUUGUCAUUAUAGAAAUGAAAUUGAUAUGUUGCUCAAAUCAAACAGAACAGAGAAUGACGAGCUGCUAUCUGUUGUGUCGAAAGAAAUCAUGCAAAAGAAACCGGAAGAUAUUGCCGAGUCACCAAGUGCAGCCACUUUGACGUCAAACGAUUGCAAACGUACAGAGGAACUCAGUGACCUACAAGAGACUUGCAACCAAACAUUAAGCUUGUGUAAAGCGGACGAUUUUGUCGAAAUUGAAAUGAUGAAUAAAAAAUUCAACUAUUUGGUAUCGUUUUGGUUUGUACAAUCUUGCUGGGAAAGGAUCUAUAUGGAGAGUAAACAACUUCAUAAUGAUCUAGGCCAUGUAUAUGGAAGGGACGACAAAGCACUCUUGAAGAAACAAGUUGAUAUUGCAAAUAUGAUUAGUCAUGUAGACAAAGAAAGACAGCAUUCGUCUAUUGUAAGGAAGUUAUUGUCACAUACAUCUCUCAGUUCAAGAGGUACGAAGGACGUUGUCACAUCGGUUUUGCAAACUCUGCUUAAAAAACGUUGGCAGUUUUGUUGUUCGGUUGGUACUAACUGCAAAGAUGGUUUAUAUGGUUGUCGCUUACUGAAAGACGUCUGCUCAUCCGUAGCAAGAAAUCCAUUGGCGCAGCAGAAAUCAAAACUCGUUAACGCUAAACAGAUUCUUGACCUGUGUUUAAGUCGAAGUAAAGUAUUGAAGUCUCAGAAGGGAGUAUUUGAUGACGACACAGUAACGCGACUGCGGCCGUACAGUGUCAUGAUGACAGACUUGCAUUUUAUGCUAAUGGCCACUGACGUAGACGGUUGUGAGUACUUUUUGGAAUGUGAAAUGGAGUUGGAAAGAGAGCUUUUUGUUCCGGGUCGGUGUGACUUAACAAGGCCGUCGUACCUAGCUCCAGAGAGUGAAGAAGCCGAGUUUGGCAUGAUUCGUCCUGUCACAAUUCUUCUUGAUGAACUGACCAGCGAAAGACAGUGUUGGGUUGGGCAGUUGAGAGAAUUUCACUCUGAGUCCAUGCAUUUGUUUGUUAAUGCUUUCAAUAAGUUUUUCCAAGAUCAAAACGUUGGAGUCGCAGCUGUUAUUCGUCGGUCAUACCGAUCACUAUCAGAGCUACCGGAGUAUAGUUUGUUGGUUUCCACGACUGGAGUGUGCGAUUGCUUGUGGAUAUUGCAAAAUGUCUUGAUUGAACUCCAGGAAAACGGAGAACUAGAACUGACGUCCUUUUUCUUACUGAGGAAAGAUAACGAAUUGACAGAGCAGGCAAAGCAGACGUUAGAGACUGAAAUUCGUCGUCAUAGCAAAGAAGGGGAGCAUCAUUCUACGGAACAAAGAGAGGCACAAUUUUUUUCUGGUACUGACGAUACUAAGAAACAGACUGUUGGAGUAAUGAAAGAGGAUGUAGCAGCUAGAGUCAAAGGUUUGCUCCCCGACCUUAUUCGUACAAAUCGCUGGCACCAUAUUAGGGACGCUCUACGUGAUAUAACGAACCACUUGACCGUAUUUAAAGAUACUUGCUCCGACUAUUUGACAAACUUGUGUCGGAAGUACGAUUCUGUAUCUAACACAGAUGGUGCAAAACGUCUAGACACGAAAUCUCUUUCUAGCAACAUUGCAUUGACUGAUACCUUACUGAAUAGUGCCUUGAAGUAUACCCAUGCAAGGCGGCAAGACCGGGAUGUGCUCAAAGGAUCAUCCCAAGUGCAAGAUGUCAAAUGGAAUUCAAAUUGCGAUGCAAAGAAUGUUCAGCAGGCACUGUCUAAGGUUAGCAACUUUUGUUACAAAACAUUUUCUAAUGAACAGGAAUCACCAGAAUUUUGCAAGAAAUUUCAAAAUUUGAUUCAAUUUCUUACGUGUUGCGUGCAGUCUCUUUGUGCAAGCGUUGACGACAUUGAUCUUAAAAUGGAGGGAUUGACUAAAUAUCAUAGCGGUAAUGUACUCGAAGAGCUUUGUUCUACAUCGGAGAAAUUUGGUGACAAUGUCAAAGAAGUGUUUCAUGAGCUUUCGCGACAAUGCUCUCUGUCUGUGGCUAGUUCGUUAGUUGUGAGCAGAAAAGGACAGGUUGCUUUAGAACUUGCAGCACAAUUUAGAGAGGAAGCAUUUACCGUUCGUACUUUUAGUUCUAGUUUGGAAGGGCAUUACCUACAUUGUGUAUCUUUGAUGUUGAAGUUUGUGACUAUCGUAUUACUCAUUGUCGAGAGACGACAAAAGGGCAGCUGUGACAUAGAUCAGCUGCGGAGGUGCCUAAAAAGACACGGUCCACUGAUUGCAGACAAGUAUUGUGGCAAAGAUUUGAAAGUCGAGUUCAAAAUGGUGUGUAAUGAAAUGCAAAGUGCACAACGACAACUCCAUCGACCCCUAGAAAUGCUAUUGCUAGAUUUCGUUGGAGAUCCAUUUGUUGCAACAUCAAUGGAUGCACGUGUGGCAGAAUGGUUGCAAAGAGGUGUGUCUGAUACUUGUGUGAUUGGAGAAGGUAUAGGGAAAAAUCUGAAGUGGUUUAUGAGCAUUCCUGAUCUUAGAAGGAGGGAACUACAACACGUGGGAAGCGCUUUGUCAAAAUUAGCGAGUGUGAUGCAGCAAAAACUUGAUGUUUUGGACGAUUUUGGUGGAAUAGAGACAAACAGUUUGAAAAACAGUUACACUUUAUUGGAAACGAUACAUCAACUAUUUAUCGAAUUCGAAGUUCGAAAAAAUGUGCAGACUCCGUCGAACGUGUUAUUAGCUAACGGUACGCUUUUGGUUCGUCAGUUGCACUGUUCAACGUUAGAUGCAGUUUUUGGUAGACUCAUGCAGGCUUCCUGCUCAACAGCAGUUAUGGACAACCAUGCUGUUUGCAUUAUGCAGUUUUUGGAUUCUGCAUAUACAACCUAUCAAGUGGAGGGUUCGGAAGUAUUAGAAACUGAGUCCGUCAACGUUAUGCACCUCGUUAUUUCGUUUUUAUUUGAAGGUAUAUUGACAACAGGACGUGUGCUGCGAAAGCACUUAAUCGAAUUACCUUACUGUCAUGGUCUUGCGUUUGACUUUCCCUCAUUUCUGCAACAGUUUGCAAAAAUUGUUAAAAACUUUCAAGCAAUGUUGAAUUGGCCGGUUACAACUAUUGACGUAACGGACACUUUAGAAUUAGAAAAGUCUCACGUUGUAAUGACAGAAGCUCGUGUGAAAGACGCUGUUUACGAAAUGUCUUCGUUUCUUUUGAAAUACGACAAUUUAAUUUGGACAAUGAUGAGGGAUACAACGAUAUCUUGGCUAAGGAAAGUUACAGGUAGUAGUUGUACAGGGGCUAAGGAGAUUGUUUCUGUUAAGAAUAGUCUAGCUGAUCUUGAACAUAGGUGGAAAACAGAUCUAACCAUCAUUGUAGACACCGUUAAUUCUGAACGCAAAAAGAUGAAAGGCACCAGUAUCUUGAAACGCGUUCUUGGUGCACCUGCUAAGUUAGUCAAGUCUCUUAUGGGAACAACAGCAGACGUGCAGAGGAAGCUGAAGUCAUAUUUGGACUUAAAGGCUAGUAUUGAAGAUAAUUUGACAUCAGCUUUUCACGAAGUAGCAAUUCUGUUACGCCAUCAUCCGAACACAAGCGACAAAAUCCAUGCUGACGUUAUAUAUCAGUUGUUGUCUGGUGUUGAGAAAUACAACAAUGAGCUGUUAGAGAAGGAAGGAGAAAGAGCUGAUCUAUUUUAUAUUGGAGAAACGCUUAAAGCUUCUUUGAAGAUGAUUCAUGUGGAUGCUCUUGUUCUGACAUCAAAACAGACAUUUGUUAGUCUUUGCUUAGAAGACAAUCAAAAUUGUUAUUCAGAUUCUUUGUCGCACGAAUCUUGUCAACUAAGUAUUUCCGUGCCUAUCGAACAACUUCAUUUAGUUUUGUUUCGUUUUGUUGUUGGUGAAAAGAAAUAUUCUUCCGCAAGGAUUUUACGAACUCUUACUGAUUCGAUCAGAAACGUUUCAACACCUCAACAAAAAACGGUUGAAUUCACAGAGGAAUUUGAGAAUGGCUUUAGGGUUACCACUACUCUAAGGUGCAAGUAUGAAUUUUGCUUGGAAACAACGGGUGAUACAGCUGUAGGAAGUCACCAAAAUGAUUGCUACUUACUCUGUUGCAAACGAGCUAGGGAGAUAACGUCUUCAGCAUGCCAUCUAAUCUAUACCGAAAAGUGGAGCAAUUAUUCUCAAAUUAAUAAAGUUAUAUGUUCAGAUGCCGAGCGCUUGCAUGAAGUAGAAAAUGACACGUUAAAGAAAUGGGACCUCAAUCAGACGGCAGGUGGCGGAGCAAAGGCAUGCUUUGUUGAUCUUGUGAAUAGAGCAAGCUUAGCAAGAACGAAUGCUACUCGAAUAGUUAAUGAUCUUGAAGGCAAAUCGUUUUCAGAAAUUGAAGAAUGUUGCAAAACGAUGUCUGAGCUGUUGUCUGCAAAGAUUGAGAGCGACAUUGAAAUGUGUCGAUCACAUCUUACCGUACUGACUGAGUGGAAGGUACCACACUGCCAGUCUUACUUUCCAAAACGGAGACCUCCUACAAAUUUAAGUGCAUGCUCUACUUCCUUGAGUGUUGUAUGUCAAGAAGCGCUGGCCUUGGCAACAAACGACCUAUGUACUGCAAAAACUGUUCAAUCGGGUCUCGUAUUACUUGCCAUUUUGUCAGCUGAAUCUGACAAGAACGAACAGUUUCGAAACUUGGAAAGAAUUUGUCAAAACCUAGAAACGCCGAAAUGGUUAACUGAACUUUUCCGCAAUCGAGAAAGCAGUUUACAAUCGUCAGUCGUGCUGUCAGGAGAUUUACGCAAACAGGCAACCUAUAUACUCAGAAAAAGGAGUUCAUGUUGUUCUAAAUUAUGUGAUAAAUUUGUUUUUUCUCACCGACCAGCAAUGUUUACUCAAGAAGUAAAAAAUGAACUAAUUUCUUCUUGUAGACUAGAACCGGCUCUUCAUUUCUUUCAGGAUGGAUCUGUUUUGAAACCAUCACUCAACUUUUUUUCACUAAAUCUUUCAUCUGUAGUUUCUGAAACGUGGAAUCCAACAUCAACUAUUACUCUGUUUAAUCACUCCAGCAUUCGUAGUGCUCAAUUUCAGUUUGAAUCAAAGACUAAUAAGAACGCUUUCUGUGUUGAUCCGGUGAGUGGUGAAAUAAAGCCAAAUAGUAGCUGUCAAGUUUUAGUGUCGUUUGACAAAAGUCAUUUAACUGCUGGAAGAAACAGCGCAGUUUAUGCUAGUAGCUGGUUUGUCAUAUCUAUUCGAUCUCAGCCGUUUUCUCUAAAUGGUUCUAUGGAUAGUUACGUGGAAGAGCUGAAUGGUCAAGUAUUUGCUUUUGUUGUGGGUGAACUUCAGCCUAUUGAUACUUGUUUAAAUGUGUCUCCUCUUUGCAUCGAUUUUGGAGCGAUAUCUGCCGGACUUGGAGGCGGGACACACACCAAGUUUGCUGUUGUUCGAAACAAUUCUGAUCAUAACGUGACGGCUAUAGCAAAACUGCAAGGCAGCGACACUGAGUCAGCUAAAAUUGUGUGCAAAAUUGGAACGGACAAGAUGCACACCUUGAAACCUACUGAAGAUUUCUCAUGGUCCAUAGAACCGUUGUCUUUCACAGCAGUCACAGUUGAUUGUAUACCUCUUGAUAAACCGGGCAAAGUCGAUGCCAAACUGACUUUCAAAUUUCCUUCUGGGAAAGUGAUCGAGACUCCUAUUAGAGGCGUUAUAGUGAAUCCUCAACUUACGUUGACUAUCGAUGGUAUCCGGAAACAGAUCGGGGAACAUACGAGCGGAAACAACAAGUGCAUUCAGUUUUCGAUUGAUGAACAGAAAACGCAAGAGACUGUACGCGUUGAGAAUAGGGGGUUAGUUUCUUGCAAGUUGUCCGAGGUUAUGUUGCUUUUACCUCGUACGUUUCAUAAAAUUCCAGCUGCUUCUACUUUGCUGCUUCCGCGUACGUCAAUAUUGUUAACAUUUGAGAAAUCUUUGCUGCCAAUGAAAUUUUACUGUGGUGGAAAGGAAGUCAAUUUGGUCAAGACCAGCGCAAACUCAUUUUCAAACUUCAGUUCGGUACCAGUACGCAUUUAUGGCACCAAUAAUGUAACAAUAGUGUCGUUAUCAGAGGGAGUAAGGCAGUCCGGAUUAUGGUCUAUUAAAGAGGUCAACGGAAAUGAGCUAAAGUUGCUGUCACAAAUACCGAUUAAGUUUCAACUGCAAUUGACUGGCAUGGCUUCAUGCCGUACUAACGUGACCUGUAGCAAUUCUCGCGUGUCAUUAAAGCCAUCUAUAAUAAGUUUAGCUACACCCAAACGCAACCAAGAUAUUACUUGCUUAUAUUGCCCAGUAACAAGUCUUGAUCGUUUUAACAUCGACAUCUCUUAUACGACAAAGUCAAUGUCAGGACCAAGGGAGAGUUUUUCCGCGCCUCACGUGGUUCGUACCAGCGAAACUGUGCAGACCAAGUUUACAUUUUGGCUGCAGGACAACCAACCCGUCUCUAAACAUUUCUUUUGUGAGCAACUGCAAGAAGGCAAAAUGAGUGAAGUAGACAUAGAUAUAACAAUAGCUGGCGGCAAGGGCGUUCGACGAUCGUUGAACUAUGAGGUCAGUGCAAAGUCUGUUAAUUGUUCAAGCAAAUGGCAGGCAAGCAAACCGAAAGAGUGGCACAACUGUUCAGAUCGGAGAUCUGAGAAACUACCAGAAAAAGCAGAGAAAAGGAAGAUUGGGAUUACUAAAGAGAUAACAGAGGAUUUUGGUGUCUGUGGAUGUGAAAUCCAUUUGAAAUGCUCUGACAGUCUUAAAGUCUGGUGUGGAGAAGUUGUUCCUUACUCGACUAAACUUUACUUUUUUGAUCAGAACGUUGAACGACAAGAACAAGAAUACCACUUGAACGAAGACAAAGAAGUGGCGGUUAUUGGAAUGGUAGCAGACGCACUCCACCUCGUGCAAAGAAAAGAGAGUUUUCGUGUUGCUGCUAUCGCUGUCAUGAAAGCAAUAAUUUGUCAGGAGGACGAAACAUCUGAAAGUGAGACAGAAAACGAAGCAAAUUUGAUAAGCCGUUUGGUUGAUGCGGCUGAAGAUGUAACUGCAACUUCGAUAUCAGAUAUUUUACUAAAUUCAAAGUAUUGUUCACUUGAAGGAAGCGUAUUGAAAGCAUGUCAACAUGGGCUACUUGCGUGCAAGCUGGCGACAAUGUGUAAGCUUAACUCUGUUAAAGUAUAUUUUCCAAACAGCAAAGAUCUUAUAGAUGCGAUUAUCGAGUGUCUCAUCUUGCCACAAACAGAUUCUUUGCCUUAUCAUUGGCGCGCUCUUUUCACUAAUCUGAAAGCUCUAAUUUGUCUGGUUGAUUCCGUCAAGUUAAAUUGUUCUAAGUCAAAAGAACCAACUGGCUUGUCAAAUUUUAUGAAAGAAGUUGUCAAGUCGUGUCAACAACUGCCUUCGCAGUUCAUUGAAAUUAAUCACGUUGUGAGUGCACUACUAAAGGUUACAGACGUAGUUUGGUGCGGUGACUUCAAUGAAACAUCAGUACACGGCAUCCCUAAAGCAGCUGCAAGGUUAUGCGUUCAGCAGCCCAAAACUCUGAAACAACUUUUUCAGUCAUUAAAACCUGUCACUGACCCAGAAACCCAUGGUUGCACAAUUUAUGCGGCUUUAGAAUUGGCAGCUCAACCUUGCAGUGUUUGUACAGUGUGUACUUAUUUUAGGAAAUCAGCUCUCAAAAUAAUGGACGUUUCAUCUACUGCAGACAAUAUUACUACAAUUCUUGAUUCGAUUUCAAAAGCACUUAAUUGUUGUCCGGUUGAAUGUCUUAGCGUCGACGGUUUGCUAGAGCUUUUGAAAGAUCUGUUGUCAGCCGGUGGUGUUGUAUCCUUAUCUAAUGAAGUUAUGGAGAUAUUGUCUGGCUUUUUUGGUUUGCUGUCGGCAAAGGAGGCUACCGUAAGCAAAGUAGUGAAUGUUUUGUCUCUCUUACUGAAUGCUGCUAUGUUUGAUGAUCUACCGUUUCUUUCCGGUAAACUUUUGCCUUUGUUGCGGAAGAUCUGUACAGAAGAUAGAAGUGUAACACGGACGGAGGGAGUUGCUGACGUUAUUUCAUUGUACUUAGAAGGAAAAUGUGGUGAUGACAACUCAUGCUCUACUGCAUUUAACGCUAUUGUGACGUGUUUAACGUCAACGUCUGUUAACGUAAACAUGGUAACUUCCAAGUUAAAAAAUGAACUGGGAAAGCUUGGUGUUGAUCCUAAAGGCAUUAGAUUUCGAGAUCUGGUUACUUCAGCACGAACCAUAGCAGAAACUAGGACCAGUUCUGUCCAGACUGUUAUUCCAGCUUUGUUUGACGUAGCUGAAAUUUUUGCAGAAGUGUUUACUGAAAAUUUCUCGCAUCAACUAGCUAAUCUUGAAUUGUGUUUGGAUUGGAUGAUUUCGCAGUCGGAGGUUUCACACAUUUACCGCAUUGCUGCUGCUUUCAACGUCACUCAAAUUAUAUACACUGUCUGUUGUGGUGACGCACCUUUGGCAAGUCGAAUUGCGAAACGACUAAAGAACUUGACCAAGUGCUUUAAUCGUAUUACUAACUAUGUAGGACACGAGCGGUUGGACACUCUGUCUUCUGAAUUUGACGCCUCUGAUCGCGAGGAAGGUCAAGUUGCUACCUAUAGUAGCAGAUGGUCAUUCUCUUUUGACUUCUUUUAUUUGGCUCGUCGUGUUUUCUUGCUGGUUGUGUCUAAACAGAAACUGAACGACACCGCUUUGCAAGGCUCUCACAGAUCUAUUGCUGCCGUCAACUUUCCCAAACUUAUUGCUAACUGUUUCGCCAGUCCGCUUAGUACACUACCUGAUUGUCUCGCAGACGUAGUCGUACAAGUUUGCGGAAUCAAACAUGAAGACAAUUUGAGACAGACAGCAACACACAUACGGGCAGUCGUUGAAUAUCAACUGGAGCUCCGUUAUGGAUUGAUAAAGAACCUCCUUGGUUGCAAUUUGCAGAUACUUUCUAAUACCGCGACUUUAACAGCUGAUCUCGAAACAACAUUGAAGAUACUGACUCGCUCUGUCCGUCCGAAGUUGGCAGCCAAACUGCAGUGUUUUGAAGACAAAGAUAGUGAAACUGCUUGUCAGUUAGUUAAAACUGCUCUUUCGACUGUAGAAUGGUGCGACGUGUCGUUGUUAUCAUAUUUUCAGUUUGUCAACCUUUUGGAUGAACAAAGACAGGGAAAUGACGUCGUAGUUGUCAGAAAGCUUGAUGAUCUGCUAGCGUUAAGUAAAGCUCGUCUUCCUGCAGAGCGUGCUAAACGUGCUCGUAUUGAUUGCAAACAAAUUCUUGGCAUUUUACAAGCAAUGGUUUCAGAGGACUUUAAAGAAAUUUUGAAUAAUUUAAAGACUAUACUUUCGCAAGAGUCAUCGGACGGAUCAUUGUCUUCAGCCACUAACGUAGUAAAAACGGUCCUCAAGAUGGCGUCAAAGAAUGCUACGCCCAGCGUUUGGAACGACGUCAUGCUCUUGUUUCAAGCUCUUUGUCAACAGAAAGAGACUUCGAUCAAAGAGAGUAUUGCUCAAACUUGGGAAAGACAAGCAAAGUUUGACUGUCUUUCAAAAGAAUUCUGGGAGAAACUGGAUUGUCAGUACAACGAUAUCAGAGGUUCAUCAGACGAAACUAUUCAAUCAAGUUGGCAGCACUUGUACUUAUUUAUCAAAGAGUUAGAUAGGUCAGGCAUUGAGAGCGACACUUGCUCUCAUUUAGCAAAGAUUCUUGAUAUGAUAUUCAGCAGUUCAAUGACGAACUAUGCCAAUUUUCGGCAACUUAUCGACGUGAUGUAUUGUGUUGAACAGUUUGUACAACCUGCAAAUGUUGCUGUUGGUCAAUUUCUUUGUAAAGUGCGUUCUGUAUUUGAAACAGUAGCUGUCAUAUUCGAUUCUUGGAUGAAGAAUUUGGAAGUUCUUCUAACUGAUGAACCUAAAGUUUUUAGUAGUAUAUCUCGAAUUGUAAACGAUGUGACAAUAGAGGAAGGCUUUCAGUUCUCUCGUGCUCUGUUAAAUUGUACGCAAUUGGCGAUAGAUGGAAAUUUAGUGAGCAAUAGCGAACGCCAAGGGAAAGUGAAUAGUGUCUAUACCCAUAUUGUAAAUCUCUUUUUACGUCCUUUGUGCAGUGAUGCCGACGUGGGAAUAUUAUCAGAUACCGUUCUUAGUUUGCUUGACGGAACGGUAGAUCUGCAGUGCAAACCUGGUAAAAAGCGUUUGUCAUUUCACUUGCUUUCUUUGUUGCUUGAAGCAAUAAGGACGUGUUGGAAAUUUGAAAACUGCAAUAAUGAAGACCAACUGACUUGUAGUAUGUAUGGUUUAUCGGCCGCGUCGCUAGUCACUUUGACGAAAGUCGCUGCACUAGCAACCACUGAGAAGCCGUCGCCAAUCACAGACAAUGCAGAAAGUAAUGCCGAAAGCUCUGACCGUAACAGUAUGAUUGGCUCAAGUUCUAGUAGCUCAUUUGAAACUACUAGACUAUCUGACAGACCAUCAGACAAAAGCGAAUACGACAACGAAAAUGAUAUGCAGAGUAAUGACGACAUUUCUUCUCUCGAUGAAUUGGAACUUAAUGUUGACGAUUAUACGGAUAGUGAAACAAUGUCUGAUGACGAGAAUGCGGACGUUAGCUUGUCACUGGCUUCCUUGGAGAAAGGAGACGAACAGCAAUGGAAUCAAGAGGAUGGAAGGUCUUCGGGAAAUUUAUUACAAAAGCAGCCCUCUAUCGACGUUGGUGCAAGCGAAUUUGUGGCAAUAGAAGACUGUAUUCUUAACUUUUCGGAUUUAGACGUAAAGGUUGAUGUUCUAGCCAAUGCAUGUAAAGCUCAAGAAGAGAGCAAGCGAUUGUCAGUCAUUAUUAGAAAGAACCUUCCCAGAGUUGGCUUCAAAGACUUUUGCAAAGCAGACAUUAUUGGUUGUUGCUAUGCUGCUAGAGUUUUGCCAAGAGCAGUUGCAGAAUGGUCAUCUUCUUACGAUAGUGUUUGGAGUGGUAUGCAAGUGCCAGAUCUGGACAUGACAGGGCUACCUUCAACGUUUUUAAAAUCGUUUAUUAACACAGGAAUGGCUCUCUUACAUGCUUCUGACGUCAUUUUGCUUCUUCUUGGCGACAAGUUGUUCAAUCCUCAGAUUGAAGACAUCAAAAGCACGAUGUAUGCGUCUUUGAAGCGCGGUCAGAUUGUAAUGCUGCCCAGAGAGUUUCGCAACGAAAGUUUGCAAAAUACCGUCUGUAUGGCUCGAGAAGAGGUAGUACGCAUGCUUACCACUCUCGGCUCAAUAAAGAGUGUUGCAGUCAAGCAACUUCUGAAACGCCAUGGACUAGACUCCGUCAGAGCAAUCGGCGAUGAAUAUGUUGUGGAUAUUUCAAGGGACCAGGUCCAAGACAUGGUAGAGUCAAUAAUAGCAGCGGAGCGAAGUCAAGACCGCAGCAUUCGUUUUAAACAACGUUUGGAGGCGAGUGCCGAAACAUUUGAUUCUACCACAGAUCCCAACCAUUUUACUUCUGUGGGAUCUGGAGCUGCUGUACGAGCGCCUAGCCGUUCCUUGAAAUCAAGUGAAAUUACAAGUGGUCUAUCUCAAGCUGUCAUCGAAUCGUUUACUCCGUCAUCGUCAAUACCUAGAGUUCAACGGUCAGGCAGCAAGCCCGGAUCAUCAGUACAUAUAUGGAAAGAAAAUUUUCUAUCUCGCACUUCUGCUCAACCUCUCUCUAUGAUACCACGGUUGACCGACGAUGGGGAAAGCAAACUUCAAGCGCCCGCAACUCGAACAGUGAAAGCUAGAAUCAGAUUAACAUCGAAAGAGGUCCAGCGUCUUCUCGAAAACGUAGAUCUUGGUGAGCAACGAAGCUCAAAUACUGGACAAGCAAAUCCAAUGGAGGGCAGUCAUACGAAAAAGAAACUGGACGCAAUUUUACGAAAUCGGCAGAAGACGGAUCGUAUGACAUACACAGGAAUUUCAUACAUACUGGCAGACAUGAAAGCUGAGUUUUUGCGUCAGUUGAGGAAAAGUCAAGCGGAAGAAUGCGAACGGUCCAACCUAAGAGGAAUUUAUACGGCGAUGGAGUUUGUAUUUUGUAUCGAUAACAGCGGUAGUAUGGGAGGCAAAAAGAUACAACAUGCACUGACCGCUUUGGUUUUACUAAUGGAGUCAUUGAACAAACUGGAGUGUAGGUUUGGAGUGAUGAGAUUUGGUGGCAUUGCCACUCAGGUGUGGUUGAAAACGCUAGACGAAGCAUUUACAGAAGAACGAGGAGAGCUCAUACUGGAGGCCAUGGACAACACCGAAGGAACUCGACCUGCAGAUGCAGUAAAGUGGGUUCUUGACAGAGAAGAAGGGUUCUGCAAGAAAAAUCGUGCUGCUUCAAAACUUCAAGGAAUCGUUCUCUUAUCAGAUGGAAUGUCUGGUCAGUCAGACAAAGCAAUCUACCACCGUUUGCUGACAGACACAGGUGUAAAGCUAAUUUUGGUAAACUUUCGAAAAUUUUCUGUGGAAACUCCUUCACCUGGAGCUCGUGAUAAAGAUAUCAGGGAUCAGAAAGAGAUCGACGAGGGAUGUCAGCAGAUUGCCGACUAUUUUGUGCACGUUGAUCCUAACAACUUGAAGGAAACUCCGCGUCGACUAGCUGACUGCAUCAUGAAAGCAAUGAGAGACUACUUGAAAAUUCCUUUACAGACAGAAGAACAUGAUGCCAAUCCGUUCUCCGUUUCUUCUCAGACGGUUCGAACCUUGAAACUUUGUGAUGCAAAGACCUUUAUGCAAAAGGCUUUAGAAGAUUUGGACACAUUCAAGGAUGAGAGCACUGUGCGGCUCGCUGAAAUGUAUCGCACUCAGCGUACUCAACCAACAGUAGAAGACGAAAAUCUUUCGGUCGUAGAAUCCCCAGAUGUAUCGACAAUUGAAACUCAAAUUGCAGAAGCUUCUCAAUCUUUGCAAGCGAUAGAAACUGUUGAAGACAUUGAAGAUUUAAGCCAACUGUGGAGAGACACCAGGCUGAAGAUGUCGCCUUUAAUCUACGAGUUGGCUUCUGUGUUCAAAGACGUUCUCUUUAAGAUGAACAAAUUUACUAAAUGGAAGCCGUCGUUGUCUGGUUCUUCUCUUCACACGCCAUCUCUUCUCAAGUUUGUUCUGUCUAACUUUACUUAUCGUCGAAUAUUUCAAAAGCGAACGGGAGGUGGAGUGUCAAGGUACAACAUUGCUUUAGUAGUGGACGUCUCCAACUCUAUGCAAGGAUCAUGUCUACGAGGCUCCGUACUUGCCACCUUAGCCAUAGCCUCGGCUCUAGAAAUAUGUUCUAUAGAUACAUUUUGCGUGUUUGCCUUCGCAGAUCGAGUAACUGCCAUCAAGCCAAUGGAGAUGGAAUGGGAUGAUCAAUGCGUCUUCCGUCUUCUGGCAGCCGCCACCAAUACGGGCACGGCAAGCAUUGACGCCGAUUGUUUGCACGUCGUUCUGAGCUAUCUGGAAACCAUUCGAAACGGUUAUCCCAAGUUUGUAUUAAUGUUUACCGACGGAUUUGGAUCUUGCGGCAACCGUCUACGCGAAGAACUGAUUCGAGCAUGGAAGUCGAACAUUCAAGUAAUCGGUAUCGGACUCGGACUUGAGCAACCUGUAGUAGACAAGACCUACUAUUCUUACGUUACAGCCGCUACCGCUUUUCACCUUCCCGAAGCUCUUAGAUCGUACGCAAUGGCAAUUCCCGUCACGUCGUCUGAAACGUGGUACGAUGAGAAGAAAGCAUUGGUUAGUCGUGACGCUGAACUGGAGAAGGAAUGGAGUCUACACGAAAACAAUAAGGUGUUCGACAAUCUUACUGAGGAAUUAGGUGUACUUCAUGAAGUGUACACGGAAACAACGACAAAUCUAAGUGCAACAAUGAAGCUGGAUAUAUGUUAUGUGAUUGAUGGAACAGGUAGCAUGUCAUCAUACAUAAGUCAAGCUAAAAACUGGAUUGUCACAAUAACAAAUGACAUAUCGAGUAAGAUGAGCUCGGCAGGUAGAAGUGGUGACAUUCAAGUUGCCUGCGUGCUUUAUCGUUCAAGCUGUUGCAGUUCUGCUUCGUACGACAAACCGAAUAUAUUCGACUUCAUGCCUGCAAACCAGUUGGGAAGACGAAUUUCUGCUGUGAAUACUGGUGGAGGUUGUGGUCCAGCUGCUGAUGUUAUUGGUGGACUGAGGUGGGCACUUCAACAGAAUUGGCGUCCAAAUUCUAAGAAAAUUCUUAUCGAAAUGGGAGACCAAUGUCCCCACGGUUCUUACUGGAACAAAUCUACUCGCAAACACGACCGCACCAGCUCUCAAAUAGAAAGUGACAAGGCGGUCGUAAGAGAGAUACGAAACAAGGAAAUUAAAUUCAUGUUUUCAACUGUCGUGCCAGGAGUGCGUGAUCUUCUCAGAAAAGGUCUCCGGGACAACUACAACGACUCGAAGAAAGGAUACGAGUUGGAAGAAUUGGACUUUUCAAGAGGAAACAUCAAGGGUCCAGGAGAGGCGUUCAAGAAACUCAUACUGGACAACGUCAUUAAGGAAAUAUUAUAGACUGACAAACAAUGUUUGACUCGUGGUACUUUGAGUUUUUACAUUUUAGUAACAGCCGUUGGCUAGGCUCUCGCAAAUUGAUAUGGCUGUGUUGCUUGAAUACAUGAUUCUCAGUUAGUUGCAUUGUGUUUCUGUUUUCGUAGGUUAGUAGUGUUUUCUUGAUUGUACUGCUGAAUGUUGCGCUGAUGUAUUGCUAAGUGUGGCACUAAUAAAAACGUAGAUGUUGACGCUCUA